AUCAGCACCUUCUGUUAAUAUACUCAAAGCGAGAUUGGACCUCCACAGUAUCACAAACUUCAAGGAUUAAUAUAAGUCGAUAGACCUGUUCUUAUUAUUGAAGACUGAAGACUAAUUUGACCUUAUCAGCCGUAUUGCGGGUCUGCAGAUCUUUAUGUCAUCCACAAAUAACAGAAUAGUUUACUUAGCAACUCCAAACAAAUAAUCUCUGUAAAUCAAAAGGAGGGUCUUGGGUUAUUAUUUGGGGGACUCCGCUUGUCACCAGUUCCUUUUGCAGUUUCAGUCUGCUUUCACUCGUUUGCGCUUCUCACAGAGAAAGUUAGCCCAAUGACUAACCUCAUGAUUCGUACCAGAACGUACUAGUUUUCGAUCCCAGAUCUAGGCGAGAUGCCUUGUUGAGAGCUUGACUUAGAUCUAUAAAAAUUACGUAUACCAAUAUAUCUAUUUUUCAUUGCAUUCUAAUCUUUUCUUGCAAUGAGAAGACUAGUCAAACAUGAAAGAGCUGUUCUGCAAUUGUGUUUUCUCCUGACUAAAUGAUUGUUCCUAUCUAUGUGACGUAGAAAACUGCUCAAACAAUUUUCUCCAUCAACGUAAUCACUAUAUUAGCUAGGGUGGAUAAAUGAUAUUCGCCGACUUAAUGUCUACCUUGAGUUUUGUAGAUCGAACUGGUUACUUCUUCCUUCCGGUCUCUCGGUGAUUUUGACUGGUCCAGUGACAUAUCAAAAAUUCUCCUUCCAGAGGUACCUGAAAAGGAAAUUGUGUUAGAGUGACCGCAGUGCCCAGGGAACAACCGCUUGAGUCCGGUCACACACAAUCUUUUUGUGUUAGCUUGGUACUUGUUGAAAUCUUACCUCCGGAGAUGGAUAUCCGUAAGAUGAGGCGAGGUGCGCAUUUUUAGGGUCGACCUUUUCUAAUCCCACUCUUCCUUGUUGGAAGGCAGCAUCGCUGUUUUGCUGGUUGUUUGAAGGAAACACCCUACUGCCGUCACACCUCUGUAUAGUCAGCAGUAUGGCUUCGCCCUCGGACCUUGGGUUUGAUGCUUCUAGUCUUACCGCUCUUCGACCGAUCUGCCUGACAUGAUAGGACCUUGAGGAUUUAUUGUUCCAACCAGUUUAGUCCGAUUGGCAAGCGGAAAAAGACUAUUACUAGAGUUUUGACAGAUAUUUCUUCCAGAGCCCACAUAGUUUAAGAAUGGAUUUCAUCAGGACCACUGAAAUUAUCCGGUUUAAGAUGUUAGAGUAGUCGUAGGACAACGUCAUUCCUACUAAACAUAUGGUUCAUCUAAAUUACAUUAUCGGGACUAAUAAUUGUUCUUUCACCCUCAUCUGAUGUCCUAAAGCAUGGUUCGUUAGUCAUAAGGAGCUUGUUGGUAACUGUCUCAGAAAAUAAACACCCUUUACAGGUUUAUGCUUAUUCAGAUAGUAAGGAAAUAGUUCAGGUCAAACUGCAUCGAAUACAUGCAAUGGAAUUGAAGUACUGUUUGUUUUUCACUUUGCUGAUAUAAAGAUUGUAAUUUAGACUGAUGCACAUUAUUCCCAGGUUCUGUGUAGUUUAUAUCUAUGUUGUAGUUUACAUCAAUUAAAUCUUAUAAAACUGUUUGGUUACCAUCAACUCAAUGAAGUUCGACUAAGCUACUUGUUGGUUUGCAUUUACUUCUGCUAAACCAUAUUUGAGUGUUUCCAGGUCAAGUCCUUAGAUUUGUUUUCUGUAGUGCAAUCGAAUUGAUAGAUUCUUUCAAAAUCCCUACUGGUAUACUUAAUAACUUUAUUGACUUGCUGAAGGGUCCAUCCUAUAAGAUUGGCGUAUUGUAUCGCGCCAGCUGAUACGUGAAAACGUAAUCUGUAUCUCUUCAAAAUUACGAUUUUUUCACCUAUGCUCGUUUAUUUUGUAUGAUAUUGCCUGUAAAUAUUUUACUUGGGUGCUUUUUGAUUUUAGGUUGUAGUAUGAUUUAUAAAGACCAUCUUUGGUUAUGAUUCGACGUAUUAUCGAUUCAGUUUCCUUACUUGUUGAUCCGGAGCCUCAAAAUAAUAUGGAACUACUUACAAAUAAGGAUUACAGUGUAAACGCUUCUAUGGACGAUGACUCUGAUAAUGUUAACAAAGAUGCCUCUAAUGGUCUAUCAGAUAUGAGUUCUUCAUUCACUGGGCGAUUAGAAUCAUAUUUAUCCAAUGGUUGCAUCAAUGAAUGCUCUUCCAGUUCAAUCGCUCUAUCAAAUUCUAAUUCUUCUUAUAUCGCUAGUGAAGACAAUGAAUGCUCUCUGUUUAACACUCCCAAAAACGAGGCGACGGUAACUCUACCUGUUCGUUCUGUAAGAAACCAGUCACAGUCUCCUGGUAUGGUUGAUUUAAGCUCCAUUCCUCUUCGUUCACUUCCAGGAGGACCAAGUUUGCAACAUCCGAGAGAUAGACUUAAGUUGAAUACUCGAAAAAAAGAAACUUAUAGGUGUCAAAAUAACAUUAGGUCCUGUUUGACUGCUCCAGUUUGUCGAAAAAUAGAGCAAGAUAAUGGUGAUUUCGAAACAGAUGGAUGUUUUUCGCAAGUAGAUCCACUAGUAAUGGAACUUGAGUGUUACAUUCUACCAUUCUAUCGAAAUUUGACAGAAUGUGAAUUAAAACUACCUAUCAAGUUUGCAGCAAAGAUUUAUCGUGGUAUACUGAAACAACUUGCAGCUGAAUAUGAACUUUUGAUACUGUCUGUUGGGAAAGAUAGAUUACAUGAUGAAUGUUUAGUUGUUCGUAAACGUGGCACUUUACAGCAGAAACAAGAGUUAGAACUGGAAGAACGAAAAGAAAAACAACGUCAGAAACAAUUAAGAGAAAAAGAGGAGGCCAAAGAAACGGCAGAUAAGAAGGAAGAAAUUAAAAUUGAAAAACUACAAACCGGUAAUGGAAACUUGAAUGGACAUCAAGAAAUGUGUUGUCAGGCUAGUUUUGAUGAGCAAGGACGUGAGAUUGGUCGAAAACGUGCUAAACGUAUACGAAAAGAAAGAGAACGUAGAAAACAAGCUGAACGAAAUAAAAAAAUUAUUCAUAAAAUUGAUUGCUCAAUUCAAACUAUACCAGAAGAUUAUUGGUAUUGUUCUUGGUGUAAUGAACAUAUUCCACCUAUAAGUCAAUGCGGACAUGAAGCAAUUUGUCGUGCCGGUGUUCAACAAAAACAAAUUGAAAUUGAACUUAAAACUCGAUUGAAACAACAUCAAUUACAUAUUGAAGCUAAAAAACGUCAACGUUUAGGUCUACCACCAUUGAAGAAUGAACAACAACAUAAUAAUAGUAAGAAGAAAAAUGAAUUAAUAUUUCAUUCACGUAGUCAAAGUCAUAAUCAUCGUGAUACAAAAUUAGAUAAAUUAAAUUCAACUAAACAAGAGAAAAAGUUAACACCAGAUAUCAAUAAUCCAACGAUCAAAGCGAAAACCGCAUCAGCUAAACUCGGUGAAGUUCAUCCUAAUGAUGUAGAAGCAAUGAUAAAACUUAUGCAACGUUUAUGCACAGAAUCUAAAUGUAAAUUAUUAGCUGAUAGUGAUGGCCUAUCUUUAUCGAAUAGUAAAUGUCCAAAAUGUAAACGUGCUUAUUGUCUUGUACAUCGUCCAAUUGGAAAACAUACUGCUUGUCCAUUAAACUCAGAACUAACUACCAAAGAAUGUGAUGGUACUACAACAUCUAUAGCUUGUGGUUGGGAUUCAAAUGAAAAAAAGGAAGCAUUAAAACUUGCUUUACGAGAACGUAAAGCAAAACUAAGAGAGUUACGUGAACGAUGCUGAAAAAUGAUGUUUUUUUUUAAAGGCUGUGAUUUAGUAAAAUUUGCUUUAUUAUAUUUUCUUAUUUGACAUAUUUACAUUAACUCUUUGUAAUAUUAAAUUUAGAAAUAUUUUUAAAAUGGCUUCCCUAUCUCCAUAGAUUCUCAAAACGAUUUCUUGUAAUUUUAAUUUUAGUAGUAAAAUUAUUUCUUUUUUUU